UCUUUUAGAAAUUUUGAAAGAAUGUGUGGCGGAAGACUGGCGAUUGACAUCGAUAGGCUUUUUGAGGAGUGUCUCUCCCCCUUCCCCUGUUUUUUAUUCUUUGUCUCGAGGAAAGAAACUACUAAAAAUUCCUCUUUCCCCCAUUUUUAUCAUUAAAAGAGUUUUUGAGAGAGGAAAGAAAGGAAUGCAUUGUAGAAAGGGGGCAACGCGUUUUGGGGUUUUGGUGGUUUUUUCCUGUCUAGAAAUGUCUCAACCACAACAAAAUAAUAAUAUUAAUAAUCGGCAGCAACAAUUAAAUGCAAUUCGUUCUUCACUUUUGCCAUUCCAACAGCAACAACAAAAAUUGCCACAAAAAUUGGAGAAUGGUUUAAAUGAAGAAAAAUUUGAAAAUAAAGACGAAGAUAACAGGUUACUGGAUGUUAAAAAAUUGGAAAUGGUUAGGUCUAUUGUGGAUGCUGGAUAUGAUCAGGAAAGUGCUUUCUAUGCACUAAAGUUGGUCAAUUUUAGAUCGGCUGCGGAUGCUUUGCGUGUGUUGCAUACAAUUAAAACUGAUAUAAUUCAACAACAUUCUAACAACCUUAACAAUUCUUCUCAUUUACCAAUUGUCACAGUUACUACAACUCCAAUUUGUAGUUUUGUUCCAACAACUUCCCCCUCGUCUUCAAGAAAACCCCAAAACAAUGCUUUGCCGUUUACAAAUCGACCAAUUCACAGAACUCCAACACUUGCACAUAGGCCUACUCCAAUAACACAAACACUUCGUCAAAGUCAAUCUUUUGGGCCUUCCGAUGCUCAUAUUGCAACUGCUGCUGCUGUGGCUGCUACAAAAAUAAAUCCUCCCCCUCCUUUUAAUGCCCAUCAUCAGCCUUUGAAUACUUCUGGAGGGGGUGGUACAGUUAUUCGAAUAGAAAGAAACCAAACACAACAACCAUUAUUAAUAAAAAAUGAUAAAACAUCAACAAAUUUUCCCCCAAAUUUUCCUUCCAAAAAUAUUGAUGAAUCAACAAAACCUUCUACCUCUUUAUUAUCAUCUCAAAAGCAUUCAAUUGUGCCACAACAACCGCCACAAUGUGUUCAAAGAAUUUAUAUUGACCCAAAAUUAAACCGUAAAUUUGUUGUUGUUUCUUCAUCCUCUGCUGCUACUACAACUAAUAAUUCAUCUUCCUCCUCUUCCACACAAUUUCAAUCUUUUCCAUCUCAACAACAACAAAUUAAGCGUUCUACGUCUCCAUUGCCUGAAUCUGUAGCUAAACGUUUAAAGUCUGGAACUUAUGAAAGAGGAUGCAAACCUUGUCGGCCUUCCAUGUUUCGAUUUUUUAUGGAACAACAUAUUGAAAAAUUAACUCAACAAUUUCAUGAAAGAAGAAAGCGUGCUCGCCAGUUAAGCCAUGAAAUGGAAGCUGCUGGUUUAGCUGAUAAUGUUAAAGAUAAUAUGCUAAGACUUUUAAAAAAUAAAGAAUCAAAAUAUUUGCGUUUACAACGACAGAAAAUGAAUAGAAGAAUGUUUAGACUUAUACGCCAUAUUGGAAUUGGUGCCUUUGGUAAAGUCACUUUGGUGAGAAAAAAGGAUACUGACCAAGUUUAUGCGAUGAAAACAUUGAUUAAAGCGGAUGUUAUUCAGAAACAACAAGCAGCUCAUGUCAAAGCAGAAAGGGACAUACUUGCUGAAGCUAACAGUCCGUGGAUUGUAAAGUUGUUCUUUUCGUUCCAAGAUGCACAAAAUCUUUAUUUUAUUAUGGAAUAUGUACCAGGUGGAGAUAUGAUGCAACUACUUAUAAAUAUGGGUAUUUUUCCAGAGAGUUUGGCGAGAUUCUACAUUGCUGAACUAACAUUGGCUUUGGAGUAUGUACAUUCUUUAGGAUUUAUUCAUAGAGACAUAAAACCCGACAACAUACUGAUCGAUAAGGGAGGACAUAUUAAACUUACCGAUUUUGGUCUUUGUACAGGACUUCGAUGGACACACGAUAAAAGGCACUAUGUUGUUUAUGAUAAUCAUGAAGAUGGAGCUACACAUUUACGUGAAGAUUCCUUUUCAUUGCCUCCUGGAUUUGAUCAACGUUGGAAAGUUUUGGAAAUGAGACAUCAUCAUAAAAGAAAUCGCGCUCAUUCUGUUGUUGGAACGGGAAACUAUAUGGCUCCAGAAGUAAUUCAGCGGACUGGACAUACUCAACUCUGUGAUUGGUGGAGUGUUGGAGUAAUUCUAUAUGAAAUGGUUUUUGGACGUCCUCCAUUCAUGAGUCGUGUUGAUGACCCCGCAGAAACUCAAUACAUGAUUGUACAUUGGUAUCGUUUUCUUGACUUGAAAAACCCGAUGGGUGCACGUCUUUCACGUCAAUGCAUAGAAUGUAUUGCCCGUUUAUGCUGUGAUCAAGGCAUUCGUUUAGGCCAUAGACAAGGAGCUAAAGAUAUUAAAGAACAUGUUUGGUUUAAGGGUAUAGACUUUUUUACUUUACGAAACAUUACGCCUGAACAUGUUCCACGUGUACGCCAUCCUGAGGAUACCUCCAAUUUUGAUACAUUUGAAGUUUGUCGUACAGAUGAGGAAGAAGAUGAUGAAGAUAAUGAAAUAAAUAGAAUAAAUGAAGACAAAAAUAUUAAACAAAUGGCAGCCAUAACUCCUUCGAAUGUUUUGCGUGAAAACAAAGAAAAUGGAAAGAAGCACUCUUCAAAUAUUCAACAACAACAACUUCCUCCAAAUUUUAUAGAUUUUACUUUUCGACACUUUUUUUCUGAUGGAAUUGGUGGAAGCACUAGUGGCAUUCCCCACUCAGCAAUUAGACCAGGUGGUCAUCACGGUCCCUUACGACCAAGUUUAGCCCCUUUAAUGGAAUCUGCUGAAAGACAAGCUGCUGCAAUGAAAAAGGCUAACGAAACCAAAACAACCAAUUCAAAGAAUAAAAUGGUACAAUCACCUACAAUUCCUAUUUUGUCAUCACCAUCAUCUUCAAAUAAUCAAACAACAAUUUUGCAAAUUGGAGAAUUUCCUAGAAAAGAAGAUUCAAAAUUAAAAGAGGAAGAAGAAAAAUUGUUAAUUGGGCAGCGUAAAAAAUUCCAAGCACUGAGGCUAGCUGACAAUAAUGAUAAUUGGUCUACAAGUAAUGAAGAGGAGGAAGAGGAAGAAAAUGAAUGGUCAACAGCGGCAAGUCGUUGCUAA